AUGGCGAUUACAUCUGCACCAGUCACUGCCAACGGCGGCCGUCACUCCACCGUGUCUCUCGUCCAACAACUAUCCAAAGACCAUGAUCUCGCCUUGCGCACAUUCCGCAUGCUCAUUGCAGAUCUAUGCCAGGUGUUUGGAGCCAUUACCUUUGAGCAGCUUAAACCCUACCAGUCUGAUCGGGUUGAUGCGCUGUGUCCUGGCCACCCGGAGAUUGAGCACGAAGGAAUUGAAGUGACGACUGGGCCAUUGGGUCAAGGCGUUGCUAAUGCGGUUGGUCUGGCGAUGGCGACUGAGGAUCUGGCUGCCACGUACAACCGGCCCGGGUACGAGGUUGUAUCGAACCAUACCUGGUGCAUGGUCGGUGAUGCUUGUCUGCAAGAGGGUGUCGCCUUAAAGGUUGUCUCGUUCGCAGGGCAUCCUAAGCUUAGCAAUCUCUCAGUCAUAUAUGAUAAUAACCAGAUUACCUGUGACGGGUCGGUGGAUCUGACCAACACCGAAGACGUCAAUGCCAAGACGCGCGCCUGUGGCUGGGACGUGGUCGAUGUUCAAGACGGGUGUUACGAUGUUGAAGGUGUCGUGCGAGCUUUGGAACGAGUUCUUAUCGUCUUUAUCGUUGGAGAGGCUGUGCGCAACUACUUCCACGAUCUUCCCGCCAGAGGCGAGGGCUAUGUUCGAGAAUGGAACGAGCUGGUCAAAAGAUACACCACCGAAUAUCCCGAGCUAGGAGAAGAAUUCCAGCGACGAUUGCACGGGCUGGUCUUCAACCCCAUCGGCAAGGAACUUACCUCCUUCAUGGUGGGAACUGCAGACCUCUCGCCCUCCGUCAACAUGACCUGGCCUGGCAAGGUUGACUUUCAACAUCCCAAACUCCGCACCACCUGCGGUAUCAACGGCAACUACUCUGGCAGAUACAUCCACUACGGAGUCCGCGGACACGCCAUGUGCGCCAUCUCCAACGGUCUCGCUGCAUUCGGCCCCAAUACCUUCAUCCCCGUUACCUCCUCCUUCUUCAUAUUCUACCUGUACGCUGCUCCUGUCGUCCGGAUGGGCUCUCUGCAACACCAAGUCAUCCACGCUGCCACCGACGACUCGAUCGGAAUGGGCGAGGACGGACCAACGCACCAGCCCGUCGAACUAGCCAGUCUGUACCGAGCCAUGCCAAAUCUACUGUACAUCCGCCUCGGCGACAGCGAAGAAACCGCCGGGGCAUGGAUAACCGCUAUCGAAGCCAGAACGACAUCGACCAUCAUCUCGACUUCGCGGCAUGCGCUGCCUCAGCUGAACCAGACCCGUCGUGAGGGUGUAGCAAGGGGUGCAUACGUUCUGGAGGUGGCUGAAGGCGCCGACGUCACGCUUAUUGGCGUCGGUGCAGAACUGACCUUUGCUCUGGAUCAGCCGGUCAAGUACAAGCGAGGAGUUCUCCAGCACCACCGUGGGAUUCCUGCCGCGGUGAUUGAGCCGUACGCACCGAAUGGCUGGGAGCGGUACGCGGAUGCGGGGAUCUGUGUAAGGCGCUUUGGGCAUAGUUUGCCUGGAAAGGCGGCGUAUAAGUUCUUUGGGUAUGAUAUCGAUGUGAUGACGGGCAAGUUUGUCGACCUGUAA